AUGAGCCGGAAUCUCUAUUUCCUAUUCAAAGACGAUCUGAUGAACGUUGAAGACAUCGACGCAAUGUAUCCGGCCAUGGCAUCCGGCUCGGUGAUUGCAGACACGGCUCGACCAUUUUACGUCAAUGUGCUUCGUCCACGCAACGUGUCUCGAGUCUUGGAUGCGGCUCUCGUGAGUGCUGUCUGGCGCGCCAUACAAUGGAGGACCACAUCGCAUGCCGACGACGAAACUCUGGCCGUCGCAACCAUUUUCGGAAUCAGCAGAACAGACCUCGAAGACUGCGUGGCAACUCAAUCUUCGACUCGUGCUGAGAAGCGAAUGGAACUCUUCUUGCAGCAUCUCCCUGACAUCCCUGGUGGUCUGAUUUUCAUGGCAGGGACGCGACCGAGGACGCCCGGGUUCCGUUGGGCCCCAGCUACGUGGAUGCCGACCGAGCAGCAAGAUUAUCCCGACCCACUGAGCACCAGCAGCUGCGCUCGGUACCCAAGGGGCUUCUCCAUCACGACAGCGCACAGUGUUCUGACGGGUCACGACCUGCUUGUACGCUACCCCGGCUACCGUCUGCGUCAGCUCGAGAGGCCACGAAGCUUUUGCACAGAAGGCCAAUUCACAUCUCAGUCUUUCCUGGCAAGUCUCAGCCUGGUGGACUGGUAUGUGAUCCGGGAUAGGUGGGACAGGGAAGAAGGAUUUGAAGAGGAGGUCAUGGCCCGAUUGGACGAGGACAGCGCGCAAGGAGACUUUGCAGUGAUGCACGAUCCCGCGUCAAAUUCGGCCUUACUUGUCCUGAUUUAUGGAGAGGAGGACAGCUAUCUGCGUUGCGAGUCGCUUGGUUGA